CCUUUCAAAGAUCAAAAGUAACAAUGAGGACAAACCUUGGGUGGUGCUAAACAUGCAUGCUUUACAGGAAAGGCUCAGCUUUCUUGGAACCAUACUCACCAAGACAGUUAUAUCUUUGACCAGAGCUCCACCUAUUAAAUUCAUCCUUCAGUCCAUUCACUACACUUCUGCAACUCCCUCUCUCUUGUUAUAGCUUUUCAACAGAGAAAAUGAAGUUCUCAUGCAGGCUUCAGGGUUGGUUUGUGUUUCUUGCUAUGGUAAUCACAUUUGCUAAUGGCCAACCUGUUGUUCCUGCUCUCAUCAUUUUUGGGGACUCAAUUGUUGAUGUGGGAAACAACAAUAACCUCAAUACACUUAUCAAGGCUAACUUCCCACCUUAUGGAAGGGACUUUGUUACACACAGACCAACAGGAAGAUUCUGCAAUGGAAAGUUGGCUACAGACUUCACUGCUGAGUUCCUUGGAUUCACCACAUACCCACCAGCUUACCUUAGCCAAGAAGCGCAAGGGAAUAGACUCCUGAGAGGAGUCAACUUCGCAUCUGGUGCUUCCGGCUUAUCUGACACCACAGCUCAGUUAUAUAAUACCAUUUCAUUGACUCAGCAACUUAGAUACUACGGGGAGUAUCAAACAAAAAUAGUAAAUCUGGUAGGAAAAGAAAAGGCCAAUUCAAUAAUAUCUGGUGCGAUCCAUCUGUUGAGUGCAGGGACUAGUGAUUUUAUUCAGAAUUACUACAUCAAUCCCCUCAUUAAUAGAAUCUACUCCCCUGCUCGGUUCUCGGACUUGCUCAUGAAUUCCUACUCUGCUUUUGUUGAGGAUCUAUAUGGCCUAGGAGUAAGGAGGCUAGGAGUAACAAAUCUACCUCCAAUAGGAUGUCUGCCAGCGGCAAUCACUGUGUAUGGAGCAGGAAGUAAUCAGUGCGUCGCAAGGUUAAAUCAAGAUGCUACUUCAUUCAACGUGAAACUGAACAAUACAUCUCAGAGCCUCAUUAAUAAGCUCCCCAGUCUCAAACUUGUAGUAUUUGAUGUUUACCAGCCUCUCUUGGACAUGAUCAAUAGCCCUAGCGACAGUGGAUUCUUUGAGUCGAGAAGGGCUUGCUGUGGAACAGGCACCCUAGAAACCUCUGUGCUUUGUAAUUCCAGGUCUAUAGGGACAUGUUCCAAUGCUACAAAUUAUGUGUUUUGGGACGGAUUCCAUCCAUCUGAAGCUGCCAACAAGGUUCUGGCUGGUGAUCUACUUGGACAGGGAUUUGACCUCAUCUCUUAAAACUUAUUUAUUACUAUUUCAGCAGUAUAUUUUCUUAAAAACAUAUUUUACAUAUAUAUAUUAUAGAAAUAGAUAUGUACUUCUGCAGUUUUAGUAAGACAGAAUUGGACCCCCAUAAUGGGAUAUCUGUAAAGCCUCCUUGGCUAAUCAUAUGACAGGGGCUGCUUGCUACUUCUACAAUUUUAUGUAGGAUCAAUAAGAUAAUUAUGCUUAGCUCAAUGAGUAA